AUGUGCUGUGCUAAAGUUACGACAGUUGUCUGGCUACUGCUGUCGGUCGGUAACGCUGCACGCUACGGCAAUAACCACGUCUCUGUCUCUAGAGACAGCGAUCUGGUUGCAGCAAAAUUCCCCGCUACCAACAUCGAAUUGUUGUCACCUGCUUUUGAGAAUCCAGAAACCAGGCCAAGUGACUUCGCUGAAGGUGUAGCCGGCCCGACGGACGAUACAACGCUUGAUCACUUCAUCCAAACCGUUGCUAAGAAGCAUGACUGGAUGAAUUAUCACAUCGCGGAUUUCACAUCCGAAGAAGGUCGUCCUUUCCCUUACGUAUAUCUAUCGUUAUCCUCACAAGCUCCUCUGCAGUCAUCUGACUCCUCCAAGCUACGCGUAUGGCUGCAAGGAGGUGUGCAUGGCAAUGAGCCAGCAGGUGACCAAGCGCUGCUUGCUCUCAUCGGCAAGCUAGAUGCCGAACAGACGUGGACUUUGGCACUCCUCGAGAAGAUGGACAUUGUCAUCUGGCCAAGGUACAAUCCAGAUGGAGUCGCCUAUUUUCAGCGAGCAUUAGCUACAAACCUUGAUCCAAACAGGGAGCAUACCAAACUGAACGUCCAGCAAUCCCGUGAUGUCAAAAAGCUAUUCAGUGCGUUCUCUCCCCACAUUACAGUGGACAUGCAUGAGUUCACACCUCGCUACUAUGGUCACUACCGCCACGGUAUGGACGCGCUUGUUGCAGCUGGGAAGAAUCUGAAUAUUCAUCCAGCCAUUCGCAACUUAUCAGAGCAGCUGUUCGCUGCGAAUGUGGGCCAAGCUCUCGACGCAGAUGGGUUCAGAUGGGAGCCGUACUUUACCGGAUCUCUGAACUCGGUGACUGAGAAGAUUGAGCUCACAGAAGCUGAAAGUGACGCCAAAGCCGGCCGGAACAAUUUUGCAAUGACCCAGUGCGUCACGAUCCUCUGUGAAGUGCGCGGCAUAAGUCUUGCCGAUCAGCACUUCCAGCGCCGCGUUGCUACAGCUCUGACCAUGGUCUCAAGCAUUCUACAAACAGCACGCGAAAACUCGGACCAGGUAUACAACAUUACGGAGGCUGCUAUACAAGACUUUACCAAUAGUGAUGAGGAUAUCAUAAUCUCAGACUACUCGGACACAGUGGAUCGCAACGUGACAUUUAUCGAUACUAACACGGGUGAGAUCACUAGAGUGCCAACGCGGUGGAAGAGCACGUCUCCAACAAUCGCCAAUCUGACAAGAACAAGACCGGAAGCAUAUUUGAUACCGCGUGCAUGGCAUGAUCUGGCCGGCCGAUUGCGCGACUCUGGCGUUGAGGUACAGACCAUGGACCAUGUUUUCCAAAGCACUGUUGAGACGCUGGAAAUCACUUCCGCUAGAAUUGCAGAUUAUUACUACGAGGGCGGCAUCAAGGUCACCGUAGAGACGAAGCCAGUAGACAGGAAUAUCACCUUACCGGGAGGGAGCUUUUGGGUUAGCACUCGGCAGAAGAAUGCUGCGCUUGCUUUUGCCACUCUGGAGCCUGAGGGUAUUGAUUCUUAUGUCAGUUUCAACUUGAUACCUGUUCACAAAGGAGAUGAAUAUCCAAUUUUUAGGGUGCUGAAGUCACAUAUAGGCCUGCAAAAUGAGUUGUUAGCUAGUGCUUUAGUCGCUAAUCAAGACCCUAGUCAACAGGCUAUUGCCUGA